AUCACUGAGGAUGAUUGUGAUCCAGAAUGUGGGGACCUCCUCUCCAGUGAAGUAUAGGAGACAGUGGGUGAAGAGGCUUCAGUGGGGCGUCCUCUUGGGCCUGAUGGUCCUCAUAUACGGCUCUCAUGCACCACUCAUCACUCUGACCAAAGUAGACGGUCAAGUCCCUUUCGACCCCUCCUCUUGUGUCGUCAUGAUUGAGUUAGCCAAACUCCUCAUUUCUCUGGCAACUCUCGUUCUAACUGGGGGUGUAUCCGCCUUACACGCUCCUCCACCUCUAGUCCUUGUGGCUCCGUAUGCAGUCCCCGCCAUACUCUAUGCCCUCAACAACAACCUGGUAGUCGUCAUGCAGGCCUACAUGGAUCCAAGCUCAUACCAAGUCCUCAGCAACCUAAAAAUCGCUUCCACCGCCCUGCUGUACUCCUUCUGCCUGGGUAAGAGGCUCCGGCAGGGUCAGUGGUUAGCUCUGGGGCUCCUCAUGGGAGCUGGGGUGUGCCACAGCUACAGCAGCCUGGAUCUAGGGGACACUGACAAGGAUGAAGCUGAGCAAGGCCCAAGGCUUCAUAUCACAGCAUGGGGGCUUUUCCUUGUGCUGGUGUACUGCUGUGUUUCAGGGCUAGCAGCAGUUUACACAGAGAGGGUGCUGAAGAGCCAGAAGCUGCCCCUAAGUCUGCAGAAUCUCUACCUCUAUGUGUUCGGUGUAGCCAUCAACGGGCUGUCCUCCUUCUCCGCUGUAGCAAGUGAAAAGAGCUUUCUGGAGGGAUACUCAGGGGCGGUUUGGGUGAUUAUAGCAGGGCAGGCAGCUAACGGACUCCUGAUGUCUGUGGUGCUAAAGCAUGGCAGCGGGAUCACCAGACUGUUUGUCAUUUCCUGCUCCAUGCUGGUUAAUGCUCUGUUGUCUUGGGCCAUUUUAGGGCUGCAGCUUACUCCUUUUUUCCUCCUACCAGUUUCUAUGAUUGGACUGGCAGCUUUCCUUUAUUACAGAUAGUGGAGUCUUCACCAAACAAAUCACAAGGCUCGACUUACCCAAAAGGAACUCCUGUCACAAUCUACCAACUGUUUGUUUCCUAGUUCUUGAGAUUAAGUUUCAAAUGUGAUGUGUUUUCUGCCUUCUGUCUAUCUGCCUUUUUAGUCUUGUUUUUUUUUUUCCAUCUUAAAACUGGACUUUUUCAUCCAGAAUCCAACACAUGUAUCUGAUUUGUAACCGUAUUACCAUGUCAGCUAAAGUCUAAUUUGACCAUUUGCAUCACAUUAGAAGGUUUAGUUUAUAAUUUUGUUAGGCUAUUGUAAGUAAAUUCAAAUAAUAAUGCAUGUAAGAAAUAAUUAUAUCUUUCAGUAACACAUAUCUGAAGGGUGCUGCUAUUGUCAUCUUGGUGUUUUUUUUGUUUUGUAUCACAUUCUCUGCCAAGAAUAAUAUCAAAGAUCAAAUAAAAGUGUUAUUCAGUGUGUUAA